AUGGCUCGUGGUAACCAGCGCGACAAGGCUAGGGAGAAGAACCUGAAGGAGCAGGCUGGCAAGAAAGGCAAGAACACCAUGUCCGGCUCCGAGCAAGCCAAGGCCAAGGAGAAUGCUGCUGCCAUCAUGCGCGCCAAGCAGGCUGCAGCCGAAGCGAAGAAGGCCGACGGAAAAUAA